UUCCAGAUAAUGAGGAGUACGGCUAUUGGUCACCUGAAAUAAUUAAUGAAUUUGAGGGAUGGAAAUAGAAAUAUGAAACAAUUGAAGCAGAUAUUUGGGCAUUAGGAAUAGUGUUUCUGGAAGCUAUGACCUUAAAAUCUGGUUAUGACUUUUACUUUAUAGAUGACAAUAAUAAAUUAUACAUUGAUUACUAAUUACUCUAAGAUAAUUUUGAUGCAGCCAAAGAAUACUAUUCAUAAGAAUUAAUAACUUUGGUCUAAAUCAUGCUCACUAUAGAUCCAUAGGAAAGAACUUGGGAAAAUAUAAUUGAACAGAACAUUCGAAUAUAAGAUACGUAAUAACAGCAAAUUCUUCCUUAAAUAUAACCAAUUCCUGAAGAAAGUGAAGAAGAGAGUAUCAUUUAAGAGAAGGCAGGUUGUGAUAAGACAAAGUUGUUGAAUAUGUUAGAGAGUUGUCUAAUUAAAUCAAGACAAUUGAUUAAAGAAAAUGAAAGUAGAAAGUCUAAAAGACCUAGUUAAGAUAAUAUCACUUGCAGUUAGUCAAGUCCUCAAAAAGAAAAAGAAGACGUUAAUUCUAGUUUAUUAAUGCUUAUGAAAGGAAAACAUUCAAAGAAAAAUUCUACUGACUCUGGUGGAUCAAUUCUUAAAGAAAUUCCUUAGAACAAGUAAAAAUAACGACAAAAGUCUCAAUAAGAUAUUUUUGAGAAAAUAGUUUUACAGAAUGCAAUAGUUUAGGAUUAAAACAUUAUGGAUCCCAAUGAUUUAUCCAAUUUGAUGUAAAUCUAUAAGUCUUAUAAUGGAGAAGGAAAAAAUAAAAUGAUGCAUGGUAAAGGUCAUCUCGUAUUUUAGAAUGGAGCUGUUUUAUAAGGAACUUUUCAAGAUGGUAAGGUUAAUGGUUAUGGAAUCUUACUAAUAAAUGGAUAAAUAAUAGUUGGGCAUUGGGAAAAUAACAUCUUGGUUCAAAUUAUGUGA